UAUAGAUUAAGUUAUCACAGGGGGGCGGAGUGGAGUAUCAAAUUUUGUGUAUCUGGUUGUCUAGUUCUGAACCAAAACAAACAAUGAUCCCUCUCUUAGUAUCUCUCAACACGUUACGAUGGCACGUUGCGCUUUGCUCGCUCUAGGACUGUGCCUUUGUCUGACCGCACCUGUAUGGGGCGACGAUACUGAAGACAAUAAAAAUGAACACGACGAAGUGAAACUACACACAGCAUUAUUAAAGGAUUACAACAGUGACAUGCGGCCAGUAAAAGACCAUAAAUCAGCUGUUGUUGUUAAAGUUCGCCUCGCUUUGAAGUAUUUAAGUUUCGAUUCUCUAGAAGAAAUGGUCACCGUGCACAAUUGGGUGGCACUCAAUUGGAAUGACCCGUUCCUAACGUGGAACCCCAGUGACUACAGUAACAUAAACGAGGUGCAAAUCCAGAGUCACGAAAUAUGGACACCAGGCCUGUCACUGUUCAAUGCGGACGCCACAGCAUAUCAUAACAGUGAAUCGUUUUACACCACCUGUUUGGUGACUAACACGGGGAAGGUAACUUGCGUGCCAAACGUCGCCCACACCGGAAUUUGUCGAACGACGCUCAAAAAAUGGCCGUACGAUACGCAAAACUGCACACUCUAUUUUGGUUCGUGGAUGCACACCGGAGAACAGAUUAAUUUUACUUUUUAUAACACAAAGCCGGUAGUGCUUGACGACUUCCAAAACGGCGCCGGCUGGAAACUUCUGAACGUUGUCAACGAGCGUCUACCAGGGAAAUAUAACAUGAACAGCACGUAUCCGAUGCUUAAAUACACGUUUAUGUUACGAAGAGAAGCGGCCGGACUCGCAGCCAUCGUGGUAGCGCCGUCGGUUAUCCUGGUGCUGGUAACGCUGGCAUCUUUACUACUAGAUAUUAAGGAUAACACGAGGUUAAUACUUCUGUGUUUCAGUUUGUUCGGGCACUUUACUAUGACUAGUGAAAUAGGUUACGUAAUUCCAAAACUAAGUGCCGAUACGCCUAUUUUACUGUUGUUUGUCAGAGAUUCAAUGAUAGUAAAUCUUGUAGCAAUAUUAGUCACUAUGGGGUUGAUGUCUAUGAGAAAGCAACUAGUUCCAGCGCCAUCUUGGAUAAUGUCAGUCAAUCGCUUAGUUAGCGUUGGACCUGGAAAAUACAUUGUAUUUACAGAGUUCGAUCCUAGCAAUGAUGCAGAAGGCAAGAUAGUGUCCGAAGACUUGAGCACAGAGGAUAAAAAUGCACGUACGACUGCCGAUUGGGUUAAAUUCGCUUCUGUGUUGAACAACCUAACGUUUAUCAUACUUCUAUUCAUUUACUUAGUAUUAAUUUGCACUUGUAUCCCUAGCGAUAAAUAAAUAAGACACAAGGAACAAUGAAGUACUUAGGUACGAGUAGUUUAGUUCGGCUAGUAUGUAAUAAGGCUCAUUUCAUUUUAAUUUCCAAAACCGCUCUGAAAGCAACAUUCUCAAGCAAGAACUGUUUUUCUACACUGCGCAGACCGUCGCCUAAUUUAAGAGCGAACUAG